AUGCCCACAACAUUCAUAGUCGCUUUUGCGACGGUGGUCGGGAUGACGGAAGCUAUCCGACACAUUCAAAUCCAAGCCCGAAGGAAAGAACACCGCAGCCGCAAGAAUAACCUCCUGAUCCGGUGCCGCAAAUCGACUCGUUAUUCCCCGGACCUCGAAGGGAAGCAUGUCGUUCUUUCCGGAGACAAGCUCUUCGUUGAUACCGGGCUUGACCCCGACUCGGCGUUCGGCCACCCGUUCACGGGGUACUACCUGCCGUACCCAGAGAGGGAAUACGCGGGGCUCGUGUCAACCAUCUGCGAGGAGCCGCCCAUCAUGAACUGGAUCUACGUUGAUCGGGAAACGUACGAGGUCAAGUUUGGAACUCGUCCAUACGCCCAGCCGAACUAUACAGGGCCAUUCGACUGUACCCGGCAAGACAAGCGGCUUACUUUUGCUGGCUGGGAGGGAUUUUUCGUUGUCAAGACGGGUGACUUCUGGGCUCUCUACUUUGAUAUUGAGCAGGACCGGCUGAAGUCAAAGCUAGGAGAUGGGGCCCUUGCUCUGGCAGUGGACCUCUUGCGCAUCGAAAUACCCGUCAUGCCAGUGAAGCCGGAGGACAAGGAGGAGGAAAAGCUUGUAGGCCAAGACGCCAGCCAAGAAGUCCAUCAUCCUGGCCAAGAAGGCGAAGAUAGUAGCACUACGGCGAGAGGGCCCGAAAUGGAGUUGGACUCUCCCGAGGUUGACUGA